CACCAACGCCUGCCGGACACYGACCCGGCUGAGGAUUAGGGACACYGGCCGUGAGAGGGGGGACCCUGAGGCUGCUGUUCUCAGAAAGUGCGAGAUCUGCAAGGGAAGGGCUGAUGUGCCGUGCUGCAGCUGCUGCCUGCUGAGCCUGACGAGGAGUUCGGAGCCCGCCUGGGAUACUCCCCCGGACAACAGCAGCACCCCAAUCCUCACAAGCAGCCCUCACGCAAAGGAGACAUUGGUCCAAGGCUGAGAGCGCUCAAGGGGCACAUCCCGCUCUCCUGACCCGGUGUCGAUUCCUGCCCUGACACCCCGACGGCGCUGCCCUCACCGCCCCGGCAGCCCCCUCCAGGGCUGCCUCCCCCGGCACUGCCCAGCUUUGGCCGCCAGCCCCGCUGGAGCGCGGCAGCCUGCCGGGCGCUGCCCCCCGGGCGCUGCCCCCCGGGUGCAUCGCCCCCCGCCCCCCCGGGGACCCCCCGCCCGCCGGCAGAGCCAUGAAGCUGCAGGCGGUGAUGGAGAACCUGCAGCGGCAGCAGCGCGCACGGCUGCAGCAGGCGCUGGAAGCGCGGCAGCACGAGCAGCAGCWGCAGCAGCCGCCGCGUUCCACGUCCCCCCCGGGGCAGCCCCCUGCCAGCACCCGGGGCCGUGGGCAGGAUCCGGCCCCGGCGCCCUCGGAGGAGGGAGCAGAGCCYGAGAGCGCGCACAUCCAGCGGGCACAGAUGGCCGCCCUGGCUGCCAUGCGGGCGGCUGCUGCCGGCCUCAGCCACUCGCCCAGCCCGGGGCUGUCUGAUGAGAGCCAGGCUUCCGAGGAGGAGGAAGAGGAGGAGCGCGGUGAAGAGGAGGAGGAUGGCGGGUACCAGCAGGAGAUGGGCUCCGAGGAGGAGGAGGACCUGAAGGGCAAAUGGGAUGAAGAUGACUUUGAAGAGGACCUGGGUGAGGAGGAAGAGGAAGAAGAGGAGGAGGAGGAAGAGGAAGACUAUGAGGAAGAUGAAGACAUGGGAGAGGAAGGGCUCAGCUCAGCAGAGGCGGUGCGGGCGGGUGCGGGAUCCCUGCUGCUCCGCAAGCCCCCAGCGCCCCAGCACUACCGGGGGGAGCCGCCACGGCUGCCGGGGGGACAGGAACGGCUGCCCCCCAGCCUGGGCCACGCACAGCCCCCUCCACCAGCACCCGACCACGGCGACUGGACCUACGAGGAGCAGUUCAAGCAGCUGUACGAGCUGGAUGGUGACCCUAGGAGGAAGGAGUUCCUGGAUGACCUCUUCAGCUUCAUGCAGAAGCGAGGGACCCCCGUGAACCGGAUCCCCAUCAUGGCCAAGCAGGUGCUGGACCUGUACAUGCUGUACACGCUGGUGACCGAGAAGGGGGGUCUGGUGGAGGUCAUCAACAAGAAGCUGUGGCGGGAGAUCACCAAGGGGCUGAGCUUGCCCACCUCCAUCACCAGCGCGGCCUUCACCCUGCGCACCCAGUACAUGAAAUACCUGUACCCCUACGAGUGUGAGAAGCGUGGGCUGAGCAACCCCAACGAGCUGCAGGCGGCCAUCGACAGCAACCGGCGGGAGGGCCGGCGGCAGGGCUUUGGUGGCUCCCUCUUUGCCUACUCGCCCGGUGGCACCCACGGCCUCCUGUCCUCGCCCAAGCUGCCAGUGCCAGCGCUGGGGCUGGCAUCUGCCACCAACGGCGGGGCCAUCGCACCGGGACAGAAGAUCAAGAAAGAGGAGGACUCUCCCAUCCCCAUCUCCAUGCCCAGCCGGCUCCCGGUGUCGCUGGCCGGGCACCCCGUGGUGGCCGCUCAGGCGGCCGCGGUGCAGGUGGCAGCAGCCGCCCAGGCUGCGGCKCUGGAGCAGCUGCGGGAGAAGCUGGAGUCGGGCGAGCCCCCGGAGAAGAAGCUGGCGCUGGUGACGGACGAGCAGCAGCGGCUGAUGCAGCGGGCGCUGCAGCAGAACCUCCUGGCCAUGACGGCCCAGCUGCCCAUGAGCAUCCGCAUCAACAGCCAGGGCACGCGCUCGCCAGGUCAGUGCCGGCCCCGGCCCCGGUUGCCCGCCCCGGCCGAGCCCCCAGCCCCGGUGGGUUCCGUAACGCGGCUCUCCCCGGCAGAGAACCGCGCAGACGCCGCCGCCGCCGCCAGCAGCAACGGCACCAACAGCAUCAGCAUGUCCGUGGAGAUCAACGGCAUCGUCUACACAGGUGUGCUGUUUGCCCAGACGCCCGGCCCUUCCUCCUCCUCUUCCUCCUCAUCCUCCUCCGCCUACAGCAAAGGCACCAGCGGCCGGAGCAGCGGCAGCAGCGGGGUGGGCAGYGGCUCUGGCAGCGCUGGGAACGUGCCCCCCGCCCCGGCCGGCCUGGCUGUGCCCCCCAGCUCUACCUCCAACAGCGCUUCGCCUUAACGCCCCGGAGCCUCAGGCCCCGCAGCGCCGGCGGCCGUGGGGGGACGGGGUCACUCCGGGGGUCACUCUGGGGGUCUCACCGGGGUCACUCUGGGGGUCUCACU